AUGAAUUCCACACAUUCAGAGGCUCAGGUCACUCAGUUUGGACAGGCAAUUCGAAUCAACAACAACACGGCUGCAACGCUUUCUGGAUUGUUCUCGUCGAGUAUAGGGCCCUUUGGAAGCUACAAAGCGUUAAUAUCCCCUGGGCAGACACUUCGCAUUGCAAAGGAUGGGAACACCCUGUGUAAGGAAAUACAAUUUACGCAUCCCACAUCAAUCAUCAUUACAAGAGCUGCAACAUCCAUGUACACCACAUUUGGAGAUGGGGCCACGACACUGAUUAUCUUGUGUUGUGAGAUAUUUAAUGAUGCAUUUAGACACUUUGAAAACGGAGUGCCUAUUCCUAGAAUAUGCGCUUCUCUUCAGUUGUGUCUCGAUGAUGUAAUGAGGUAUCUCAAGACACUAGAAAGGCCAUUUGAAGAAGACACACUUUCGAAAAUGGCCUAUAGUAUUAUUAGAACCAAAGUUGAUGAGGACAUGGCCUUGAGCUUGUCAAUGGUAUUAGUCCAGGCUGUCGAGAAUGCGAUACAAUCACAGUUCUUUGAUAUAAACAUGGUGGAGGUUAUUAAGAUGCAGGAGGGAGACGUGUCUGAAACCAUGUAUGUGGAUGGACUUGUGCUAGAUCAUGGAGGAAGGCAUUAUGCGAUGCCCGAUAAACUUGAGGAGGUUUGUAUUUUGAUAACCAAUAUGUCACUCGAAUAUGAGAAGCCGGAGAUAAAUGCCGAGUUUUGCUAUAGUUCUGCAGAGCAAAGGGAAGAACUUGCAGGAAAAGAAAGAGAGUUUAUAUUACAGAGAUCAAGGGCUAUUGCGGAGUUUGGUCGGAAGAUCAAGGAAAAGAAUGGGAAGACCCUGAUGGUUGUGACGGAGAAAGGGAUUGAUCCAUAUUCAUUGGAAGUAUUUGCAAGCUCCGGGAUUCUUGCAUUAAGAAGAGCAAAAAGAAGAAAUCUUGAAAGGCUUGUGAGAAUGUGUGGGGGAAAUGUGAUUACGCAUGUUGGCAGCUCAAUGAGAGGAUUUUGGGAUGCUGCCAAAAAGUGA